AACACGAAACGAGACACAUACGACGCAUACUCGCAGAGGCAGAGAGUUAGGAUGGGAGAAGAGAAGGUGAAGAGCGAAGCAUUGCAGAUUAUCGGAGCAUUUCAAGUGCUUCCGAGAUUGGUUGUCUUCGAUCUCGAUUAUACUCUCUGGCCUUUCUACUGUGAGUGUCGCUCAAAAUGUGAAAUGCCCUCUCUAUAUCCUCAUGCUAAAGGCAUACUACACGCACUCAAGGAUAAAGGGAUUGAUGUAGCCGUUGCUUCUAGAUCACCAACUGCAGACAUAGCAAAGGCAUUUCUUGACAAACUGAAUCUCACUUCUAUGUUUGUGGUCCGGGAGAUUUUCUCCAGUUGGACACACAAGACUGAACAUUUCCAGAAAAUUCACACAAGGACUGGGGUACCUUUCAACUCAAUGCUCUUUUUUGAUGAUGAAGAUAGGAACAUCCAAGCAGUUUCUAAGAUGGGAGUAACAAGCAUCUUUGUGGGUAAUGGUGUCAAUCUUGGAGCAUUGAGAGAGGGCCUCACUAAAUUCUCGCAAAACGUCAAUACGUCUGAAAAGAACAAGCUGAGAUGGCUAAAGUUCUCCCAAAAUUCGAAUUCGUCCAAGAACGAGGACAAGGAAUGAGUCUCGAGUCAAAAACCUCAUGCAUGAAAUUGAUUUUAGUACGGUAUUUUUUUGGAAAACUCAGAUAUGUUGUAUUUUCAUAUUGUAUCUUCUGUAUUACAAUACCUCACCGCUGGUAGAGGGAGCCAGAUCUGGCAACCAUGCCUAAAACAUCGAUGCAACGUUGAGAAUUACCAUGAUCAAUGGCAUAAAUUGGUUUCAUUUU